AUGGUAGCUCAGACCACAGCUGGUUGCUUUGAUCAGGAAGAUAAGAUCAAAUUAAUUGGUUGCAUCUACCCACAUUUCCUGGAAAAAAAAAAAUGUUCUCUUCCUGCUGCUGGAUCAGUAACUAGAUUUUUGUUUGUUUGUUUACAUCAAGUGAGUGAAGUCGCUCAGUCUUGUCCGACUCUUUGCGACCCCAUGGACUGUAGCCUACCAGGCUCCUUCGUCCAUGGGAUUUUCCAGGCAAGAAUACUGGAGUGGGUUGCCAUUUCCUUCUCCAUGUUUACAUCAAGGGGAUUCUUAAAACAGACUACUAGAAAGAAUUGUUCUCAUCACUAG